AUGGCGUUGGACGACGAUGUGGAGAUGAUUGAUGUCAGCGAGCUCGACAGCGACGGAGACAUCAAGAUGAUUAGCCCUGUCAGGCCUGUGGCUCCAAAGACUACCGUCCCAAGAGCCGCCGCUCCUAGUGCUAGCGGCCCCAGUGCUAUUACUUCCAGGACUGCCGCCUCCACUUCCAGGACUGCCAACGUGAGUGAUACCACUUUCAGAACUGCCGCCGCCAAUGCCACCGCUUCCAGGGCUACAGCCUCCAUUGCCAAUGCUUCGAGGACCACCGCUUCCAACAAUCCCACUACUUCGAGGACCGCCGCCUCAAAUGCUACCUCCUCCAGGACUGCUGCUACACAAACCACAGCUGCUAGAGCCGCCGCUCCAAAUUCUCGAACUCCAGCUGCCACUUCCAGACAACCAGUGGAGCGAGCCCUGAGAUCCGGAGGCCAGCUCAAGAAAGCAAGCCACAGGGUCCUGAAUAACGCAAAGCUGCUCGAGAAGAUCUUCGCCAAAUUACCCAUGAUAUCGCUCUUUAAGAUUCAGCGGACCUCGAAGACUUUCCGCAAGACUAUCAAGGAGUCUGAUGCGUGUCAGAAGAAGAUGUCCCUCCGCAGGGACCCGAGUAUCAGCGGCGUCGUCGAAAGCAUCCAUCUCGCGAAGCAUUCGGGCCUCGAUUGCGAAUUCCGGAGAGAGUACGACGUCGAGCAGGCGGCUUCAGUCACGCAUAAGUGCAUCAAGCUGGCAAGCCGGGAGGCGUCUUGGCGCAAGAUGUUGGUCCACCGAUCAAAUAUCGGUCUCGUCGUCUCGAAGGUGACGAUGCUUUACCGUCAUUCUCACCAACGUGCUUGGAACAAGACUGCCAAGUGCAAGACGCAUGACGGUAACUUCACCCUUGGCGAACUUCUCGAUGCGGUGGAAGCGGUGCUCAAUGGAUAUUGGGACUGGAGAAUCAAAGGCACGAAGCUGCCGAACCAGAUGAGGGACGUUAUUUAUCAGCCUCCAAAACCUGGUCAAGGCGUCAUUCGUCUUUAG